AUGGCUGGCCCGGCACGGCCUGCCUCCGCCCUCCAAACCAGGAGGCCGGGUUUGCGCCAGCCGACUCGACGAGCCGGUUCCGCGGUGCCAGAACGACUGGCAUCACCCGCCGUGUCUUCUCUGAGGCCUCCAGCGGCCAGCUCGCUGCGCACACAAAAACCGAGUCCCGAGGUAUCUGGUGCCAAAAGGAAGGACCGAGACUAUGAGCGCGAGAUCAAUGAGGACACCAGCAUCCACGUCGUAGUGCGUUGUCGCGGCCGUAAUGCGCGCGAAACCAAGGAAAACAGUGGCGUGGUUGUAUCAACAGAAGGGGUCAAGGGAACCGCGGUGACCCUGUCGAUGGGACCGAAUGCCCUCUCCAACAAGACCUAUGCCUUCGACAAGGUCUUCUCGCAAGCGGCCGAUCAGACGGUGGUCUAUGAAGAUGCAGUUCUUCCGAUUCUCAAUGAGAUGUUGGCAGGCUACAACUGCACGAUCUUCGCGUACGGCCAAACAGGGACAGGAAAGACGUAUACCAUGUCGGGAGAUAUGACCGAUACCCUGGGUAUCUUAUCAGACGACGCAGGAAUCAUUCCACGCGUUCUCUACUCUUUGUUCCACAAACUCGAGGAUACCGAAAGCACCGUCAAAUGUUCAUUCAUCGAACUUUACAACGAGGAACUGCGGGAUCUGCUGUCGGCCGACGACAACACGAAACUCAAGAUCUUUGAGAAUGAGAAAAAGGGUGCAAGCGGGAGUACUAUGGUUCAGGGGAUGGAAGAGACGUAUAUUGAGUCCGCAUCGACUGGAAUCAAGCUGCUCCAACUCGGUAGCCACAAGCGCCAGGUUGCAGCUACCAAAUGCAACGACUUGAGUUCCCGCAGCCACACGAUCUUCACUGUCACCGUCCUCACCAAGCGCACGACCGACUCGGGUGAGGAAUACAUCAGCUCGGGCAAGCUCAACUUGGUUGAUCUGGCUGGAAGUGAAAACAUCCAGCGCAGCGGUGCAGAGAACAAGCGAGCAGCCGAAGCCGGUCUUAUCAACAAGAGUUUGCUCACUCUGGGGAGAGUGAUUAACGCGCUGGUCGACAAAGGCUCCCACAUCCCCUACCGCGAGUCCAAAUUGACACGACUGUUGCAAGACUCCCUUGGAGGACGGACCAAGACAUGCAUUAUUGCCACCGUUUCGCCCGCUCGAAGCAACCUAGAGGAAACCAUCUCGACCUUGGACUACGCUUUCCGUGCUAAGAAUAUCCGCAAUAAGCCUCAAAUCAACUCUCUCGUCUCAAAGAAUAAGCUACUCCGGGAAAUAGGCAUGGAAAUCGAGAAGCUCAAGAGCGACCUCAUCGCCACAAGGCAUCGCAAUGGUGUGUAUAUGACACCGGACGCAUACGAAGAGAUGACAAUGGAGAGUGAAUCCCGGCGGAUUGUCAAUGAAGAACAGAGGGCCAAGAUCGAAUCUAUGGAAUCGAGCUUGAGACACAAAGUUCAGGAGCUGUUCUCCGUGACAAGCAACUUCAACAUGUUGAAGCAAGACAAUGAAGACACUCAGCAGAAGCUCAAUGAGACCCGGGAUGUUUUGGAGCAGACAGACAUCGUACUCAACAAGACGACGCAAGAUCUCGAGGAGGAGAGGAUUGUGCGAAAAGCCCAUCAAGAUACCGAAGCGAAACUUCGUGACAUGGGUGCUAGUCUUCUGUCCACCUUGGAUAAGACCGUCCAGGAUGCCAAUGGACUGCACGAGAAGCUCGGCCGCAAGGACAACCUGGAGAACGAGAAUCGGAAAACAUGGCAGGCAUCCACGACAAAGGUCUCAGACGUAACCCAGCAGAUCGACGCUCGGAUGGAAAGUUUCCAAACCCAGCAUGCCAAAUUGCUCGGCGAUAUGUCCAGCAAGAUCUCUCUAUUUGUGAACGAAGAGUUGAGCACCGUCGAAUCGGCUCGUUCCCAGCUACAAGGCUUUGGCUCUUCUUUCGACAAGGCCGAGGCAAAGGCGAAGAGUCAAACGUCUAGUGCGCAUGACGAGAUGAAUGAGGUCCUUGAAGAGAUAAAAGUCCUUCGGGAGGAUGUCAAGACCAAGGUUGGGGAAGGCCUGAGCGGGCUGUCCGCGGCCGCGGAGCGAAUCUCGAAGGAGGUCAUUGGUGAAUUCACCGAGUUCCACGGCCACCUCCAUUCCUCCUACACGGCACUCGGCAAGGAUUUCAAGUCCAUGUUUGAGAAUAUGACCAAGCAUAUGGACGAGCAAAAAUCCGAGAUCAACAGAUUGCGUCUCGAGCUGCAGAAGGCAAACCGCCAAACAGUGGACACCAAUCGGAAAGCCUCGUCGAACUUGGCCCAGGUCAUUGAGGAGGAACAGGCGAGCGCGCAGGCUGAACGGGACACCCUCAUGUCCCAAAUCCGCGGACUGCUCGAGGAAUCUAAUCAGCGACAGUCUACUCGCCUCAAGGGGAAAAUGGAUGCUCUUCGUGCCGACAUCUCUGCAUCGGGUGAUUCUCUUGAGCAGGCCACGGCGCAGCACGACCGGCACAUUGAUGAAUGGAUCUUCAGGGAGGAACAAUUUACAAAGGACGUUACUGCAUCCAAGGAUGAGAUUAAGACGCGGAUGCAGAACGACUGGGAGACCUUUGAUCAACGCAACGCUUCGAUUAAGCGUUCCACGGAAUCGGUGCACCAAGAGACAGUUCGGAUCGUGGAUGCUCAGAUGGACGAUAUGAGCAAGCAGAUGGAAGCCCUGGACGAUUUCGUCGCAAAGGCACGGUCCCAGAAUGGUCGAUUCCACGAAGCACAGCUCGGUAGUCUGGACACCAUGGCAACCAAUGUCCGGGAGUCUCACUCGGCAAUGCAUGAACAGCUGGGUGGCUUCAGCGAUCAUGUCAAUCAGCUCCAGGAAGAUCUGGAAAUGCACACUGGAAACCUGGAGCAAUCCACUGAGCCCUUGGACAGCCAAGUUCGAAAGCCACUGUCCGAGCUCCGCGAAAACAUCCAGAACCACCCCAUGAAGGAAUAUAAACCCACAGGCCUUACGCCUCAAAAACGUCGAUACGAGUACCCUACCGAUCUCCCCACGACAGAAUCACACGAGGGACUUCGUUCUCGACACCGCACCUCCCAACAGUUUCACGCGCUGCCCUUCGAUGGUGAAGAACAAUCGCCCAUGCUGCCCAGUUCUCCCUCGGCCUCGCCAUCCAAGGGCUUCGUAUACAGCGAUGCCGCGGAAGAGGUAGGGACUAUCCCUCCUCCAUCAUCAACAGCGACCAUUUCAUCCAACACUGGCCUUAGGGAAGUCGAUUUAAACGUCGCCAAACCACUCGUGUUUGACGCUGAGGAGGACAUCACGCAACCCGGCAAGCGCGAUGCUGUCCCCGCAGAGAAACGAUCGUUGGAUCUCGAAGACACCCUGGAGAAAGAUGAGCCCGAACAACCACCGCGCAAACGCCGCCGCUCGGCUAGCAACACCGUCGAGAGCAAACUCCCGCAGAAGAUGCUCUCGAAAAGGAUGGCUGGCAUGAUGGAGGGUCGUGAGAAUGUCCCUCCAUCUGCGAUUCCCGGUGGUGGUGGCCGCCGCGUCCGAAGCCGCACCGAACGCUGA